CUUACGGUCACAUGGUGAGGAAGACCAGUGUUGAGAAAAAGCAAGAGUGUUAGCGUGUGUACCGGUAAGCUUGUCAUUUCCUUACUGGAUGAGGAUGACGUGCAGGAGGAACAGCCCCACCUCUUUAUGUUCUACGUCACAUCAGAGUGGAGGAGAGCAGAGCAGAGCAGAGCAACACUACAACAGACGAGGAAUACUAGAGCCAGUCAGACAACCAGUCGCUGCAUCUUAUUACAGGAUCUUUUGGAUCACCUAUUGACAGCGCGGACCUGUUUUAUUUUUUCCCUUCACUGAUGGAGAGACGCUGGAUGGACAGCCAGAGAUACUGCUCGUUCCAGACUCCUCAGACUGAUUGGGUUCAAUCCUUCACUAAACUGUCCCAAUAUCAUUUUUGUCAGUAAUGUGGCUGUGGUUCUGCUCAGGAGAUCUCGCUUACUUCUGAUUGGAUCAAAAUGAGGACUGAAUACAACAAAGACGUAAUCAGUGCAGUUUAAUUUUUUAUUUGAAUAACUUUUCCUCCUGAAAGAAUAGUCAAUUUAAGCUAUUUGUUUGGGUAUGGCAAGAGUUGUAUAGUACAUGUCGGGCAACAAGAUGAAUGAUUGUGACCGAUGGUAGAGUUAUAGUGUUAAAUCAAGUGGUGCUGAUAAAUGAAUCACUUCAUUACUGCUGACUCACCAUUAGCUCACAGAUUCCACGCAUCGUUGUAUGGCAGGUGAAAAAGUAAAAGUUAAUUUCAACUUGCCUUAAAAAUGUAAUAAAAUCUAUUAAAUCUAUUGGUCAUAGUAAUGUAAACUAAAUGUGUGUAUGAAAUGAAUGUAAAUUAAAUGAAUGUAAACUUCACCUGUCACUUAGAUGUAACAGGUUUUUCAUACCACAGAUUAUUCUAAAACAACGUGUUCAUCACUUUUGAAUGAAGCAUAAUUAUUCUAAUGUUUUACUCAUCCCAUAAAGGUACCAUCACAAAUUAUACAGUAUUUUUUACUGUAGACAUUGUAAAUGUACUCAAUUAUUUAUUCUUCCUUAAGUCUUACUAUAAUGCUGAAGGUUAUAUGACUUAUGCUCUCUGGUUUAUUUCUUGUUAAUUUCUAAAACCUCCAAACAUAAACAUCUCGCUUUCCACUUAGACGUAACGGGGAAAGCAAAGCAGUUACUGGAAAUGAAAUUUACCUCAAUCUUAAAUGUAGCAAUGUUAAUUGGUUAAGUGUAUUUCAUGCUUUUAGGUUAGGCUUAAUUAAUGUUAUUACUUGCACUUGUCAAUCAAAUGCCCAGCCCAUUCAUUUGAAGACCUUCCAUUGACUUUUUUUUUUUUUCUAAAUUGAUGCUGCUGCUAUUUUUCGACUUCCAUAAUUUACGGAUCAGUUAUGGAUGAACCACAAGGUCUUUGACACUGAUCAAUUCUCAUUUUGGAGCCAAAUUUCUUUUUUGCCUCCACUGCCUCAAUUCACAACUCAACAUUUCCUGGGAUGGCACGACUACAUUGAACUUGGAUAACCCCUUCACACAACAUGGCGGUGACUCAUCUCGAGCUGGAGCUUUGCUACCAAGGGAAAAAGUUACGGAGUGUGACAUGGAAGCUGACACACUCGGAAUAUGGUUUUCUACCUGAGCGCUCUUGGCUCAUCGCGCUGCAGGUCUUGGUACCAUUCCUGGUGUCAGGACUCGGACUGGUCUUCGCUGGUGUUGUCAUGGACCUGAUACAACACUGGGAUGUGUUCAAGGUAAUCACAGAGGUCUUUAUCCUUGUACCUGCACUGGUUGGGCUCAAAGGAAACCUGGAGAUGACCCUGGCUGCUCGCCUCUCCACCGCGGCCAACACAGGACAAAUGGAUGACCCGAAUAAGCAAUGGACCAUGCUGUGCUGCAAUCUUGCACUAAUACAGGUUCAAGCGACUGUAGUGGGCUUCCUCGCGGCGGUUGCAGCUGUGUGUUUAGGAGCAAUUUCCAGAGGGGGGAUUGAAUUGAACCAGGCAGCUGUUCUGUGUGCUAGCAGCAUCGUCACCGCAUUUGUGGCUGCUCUCUCUUUAGGCUUGUUGAUGAUUGGAGUGAUCAUCGGCUCCCGAAAGGUCGGAAUUAACCCGGAUAAUGUUGCCACCCCUAUAGCUGCCAGUUUGGGAGAUUUGAUCACCCUAUCCCUGCUCGCUGGUGUCAGCAGCACCCUUUAUGAACAUAUAGAAAUAUGGUACAUCUCUCCCUUGGUGUGUCUGAUCUUCUUGGCUCUAAUCCCCCUCUGGGUUGUGGUGGCUCGACAGAACCCUCAGAGUAGGGAAGUUCUCUAUUCAGGGUGGCAGCCUGUUUUAGUUGCCAUGUGUAUUAGCAGCCUUGGAGGUGUGAUACUGGACAGGACGGUCAGUAAUCCCAGUUUUGAGGGGAUGGCUGUUUUUACACCAGUUAUCAAUGGAGUUGGUGGCAAUUUAGUAGCCAUCCAGGCCAGCAGACUGUCGACCUACCUCCACCUCUGGAGCAUUCCAGGAGUGCUGCCAUACAAGAUGAGGCAGUAUUGGCCCAAUCCCUACACGACUUUCUUUUCUUCAGGUUUGAACUCCAAGUCAGCACGAGUGCUGCUGAUGCUGGUCAUGCCCGGACAACUGGUCUUUCUCUACGCUGUCUCUCUGUUGCAGGGAGAUGAGGUGGCAAUAACUUUAGCCUUUGCUGCUUGCUACCUGUGUGCUGCUUUCCUACAGGUGGCCAUUUUACUUUAUGUGGCCGACCUGAUUGUCCGUAUGAUGUGGCGACGUUCACUGGACCCUGACAACUUCUCCAUCCCGUACCUGACAGCCCUGGGAGACCUUUUGGGCACUGGCUUUCUGGCCCUGUGCUACCAUGUGUCAUUAGUUCACAGUCAGUAGCUCUGAAUGAGCUUUCCAUACACACAUAUGGACAAUACGGAAAGGAAUAAGUCUCAGGCCCAAACAAAUGCUACACUGGUGACAUUUUCAGUAAAUAUGUCAUCUGUGGAGCAUUUCCAUCUGUGUUUGUGCUGGAAAUAAUAUUUAUUUACUGCACAUCUACGUAUGAAUCACAGAAACGGGUCUUCCUGUGUUUCUGAGUGGAGUGUGACAUGCUUUUGCUUACGUUCUCAACCAUUCUUCCUCCACUCUGCCUUUGGUAUCACAAGAAAUGUGUUGGUGAUAUUAGAAGGGCAGUUUCUGCUCUACAGUUCUGCAGAGUUUCAUGCUUUGACUCCUGGUACAUAUCAACAUUUGUUUGGAUUACACUGCUCAAAGUCAGCCAGCUCAAAUCAUUUUUAAUGUUAUAUAGUUUUGAAAAUAUUUUAAAAGGGAGGAUUUUAUUGUCAGUCCUGUUUUUAAUGUUUGUUGCAUGGUGUGUUCACUAGAGGGCACUGUUACUCCCCUCUUGGCACCAUGUUAAAUGGAGCAGUGGAGAGUCCAGACAAUCAUUUGUCAAACUUCAUCAAGGUGUUAGCCUGUUUUUGGCUUCUAAAUUACAUCAGCCAUCUCGUCAGCAAACUUGAAGCUGCAUUCAUUUAUUUUAACAGCAGCAAGAUUAAAUCUAGCAAGUAAGAACCAGUUAAUGUGAUGCUAAACCUUUGCAAAAAAAGAUGAAAGAUAAAUAUGUACAGCACACUCACAUCACUCACAGGUCUCUUGAUUGUAGAUGCUUACUUAAAAAAAAAGAAAGUAAAAAGUCUUAUUUUUCCUCAGGGUUUGUACCAGAAAUUCAUCUUGAAGUUUUUAAUAUUCAGGUGGAAU